AUGGCUAUGGCAACAAGCUAUAUGAUGUACUUCAGAAAUCGAAGAUUAAGGUACGAACAAGUUUACAAAUCAGUUCAGUUUGUAUCCAUACUAUAAAUUGGGAUAUUGUCUGAUAAGUGGGGUUGUGCUAAACAUCCUUAUCUGCAGCUGAGAAUUCAGCUGAAUUACGAAAGACACAGCUCAACCUGAGUCGAGUCAAAGUUUUCCUAAGGGGACCUCUUGCUGCCACCGGCACCGCAUGACUCAGGUAUGAUCACGGAACACAACUACAAUUAACGGACGUCCAUGCCAACAUUCCCUGUGGGAAGAAACCGGAGAAAACCCACGACUUUUGGUAGAGCGUUGCAUCACAAACCCUUUUCACACAUGACUGUCAUGAAUCCACAGCGAGAAUCGAACUCAAGAUCUCAGUGCAUGGUCGGAAAGGUUCUUGCUUUGACAACUGCGCCACCGAAGCCCCACAGUAUGUCGGCAGAUUUAUUGGACACGCAACGGACAUUAGCUUCGGCGUACAAGCUUUAAAUAAUCGAAACUCAAUAGGGCCUUAUGCAUAAUGACGUCAUAAGGCUUGAUGCCCGCAAGGAAUGCUGGUCUCAGUAGUCAUCACCCGGGAAAAUUUAACAAUUCAGAAUGGCCACUAGCGAAAUUUUUCCGGGCGAUAACUACUAAGACCAGCAUUCCUCGCGGGCAUCAAACCUUGUGACGUCAUUAUGCAUAAGGUCUAUUGUAGUAAAAUAUUUUCUAUAUAUUAUAGAUAUACAUGUUUUUGCAAAGCGUAAUAUUGCUUCACAAUUCCAUUGAUUCCCACGAUUUUAUAUCUCUUCAGAGCACGACAAGAAGCGCAAACAAAAAUUGAAGGUAAAAAUAAACAACAAUUAUCUCAUUUACUAUUUAUAUCUCAACCAUUUAUCCACGCAGGUCCUCUUUUAAAAGUUGUCCGGGAAGGAAGGCCAUCAAGGCCUAACAAGGAGGUGGUGAACUGGAAAAGUGCAAACUUGUAGGAGGGGGUCUAAUGUUGGGGGAGGGGUCAUAAUAAAAUAUUCAAUUUUUAUUCUCUGCAUGGGAGCUAUGUUUCUUCAGACACCUUUCGAUAUAUGGAUAUUAUCAAACUUAAUAUUCUUCUGAACUAAGAAGCUUCUGUAGUCUUCCCUGUUUGGCAUCUUUCAGAAAAUGGGAUCUUCAACCCACUUUGGGCGUCAACACUGAUGCUGUGGGUUUGGUGCCCCCGCCAGUUAUAUGUCAAAAGAGAUUCUGUUCAGUUUUUUUAUGCUAAGAAUAACAACGGACUAUUUUACAAAUCCUGACAGUGCAUAAUUUCUUUAUCCACAGUUUGCAUUUAUUUAAAUUAAUGAUUUGAAACGUUGCAAACAAAAUUACUGGAAAUCGCAAUCCCGUCAAGUUCAUUAUUCUCGUACUUUUCAGAUGAUGCCAAUAACGAAACUCUCCUUCCUACGGAUAAACCUGCCGCCAGGGAACCAUUAAAUAACGAUAAACUGAGUAUAACUGUUCAGGACACUUGCCAAAGGCGUCAAACAUCAAAUAAAAAAUCAGCAAGGAAUGACAACUCAUGA